UCGCAGCCUCCCGCCUCUGCCGCGAUCGAAGGCGCUGGUUGGAGCCCUCCUCCCGCCCCCUCCCUCCCCCGGCGGCCUGAGCAAGGCAAGGGGGGCGCCACGGGGCCGCUCAUGGCGGGGAUCGGCGGCCGCCUCUGGGCUCUGGACGUGCGGGGUGGCGCCUUCACGCUGGCCCCGCACGAGAGCCGCUGGAGGCCGUGCCCUGACCCGCGCCUGGAGCUCAAGCGACUGUCGGCUGGGCCGCAGGGCUGCUGGGCCAUCGGCUACGACCACCGCGUCUACGCGUUCGUGCGGCCCGGGGACAUCCCCGUGCGGGUACAGGAAGAGGCCUUCGAGAACCAGCGAUGGAACCCCGUGGACGGCUUCGGCGGCAAGCUGCUGCCCAGCGAUCGCUGGGGCUGGAGCACCGAGGACGGACUCGGCCCUCGGUACCUGGGCCAGGUGCGGCUGCCCUCUCCUGCCUGGGAGUGGGAGGGCGACUGGACUCUGUUUCUCAGCAUCGCCGGAGAGCCCACGGACGCGCAGGGAUGGACAUAUGCUUUAGACUUUCCUGCUCCGUAUUCCCAUAAAAAGCACUGGAAUUCGUGUGUCCGGCGCCGACGCUGGAUCCGCUACCGUCGCUACACUGCCAUCAACAAGUGGGCUCAGAUUCCAGUUCAAGAAGAGGGUUCGUACCAAGAUUUGUUCCACGAUGUUUGUUUGGGUGGAUGGGACCUUGCAGAAGAGCCACCCGGACGGCUCUCCGUGUGGGCCGUCACCACCGAGGGCAAGGUGCUCUAUCGAGAUGACGUGCAUCACUCCAACCCAGAGGGGAGAGAGUGGAUCGGGGUGGAGAUCCCGAGCGAAGCCCUGCAAGUGAGCGCAGGGCCCAUUUCACUCGUCUGGGUCUUGCUGUGGGAGGGCAAGCUCCUGGCGCGUGAAGGUGUCAACCAGAAGAACCCGAUGGGUGAAGGAUGGGUGGUGGUGGACCCCCCAGAUCACGAGUUUGGUGUCGUGCAGGUUUCUGUUGGCACGCGGGUGAUCUGGUGUAUCACAAGCGAUGGACAGGUGUGGUUCCGCCGUGGCGUGUGCGCAGACAGUCCCGCUGGCCUCAGCUGGGUGUCUAUGGUCAGCAAGAUGAUGAUGGUCAGCGUGGGGGUCAACGAUCAGGUGUUUGGGGUGGGUCGGGAAGACCGGAUGGUGUACUUCCGUCAGGGUGUGUGUGCCGACGAGGCGAGCGGGAAGGUGUGGAAGCCCAUACUGUGCGGGCGCGAUGCGGAAGAGGGCGUGGAGCGGGCAGCAGGCGGCUCCCACAGGAGCAGCCUCACCAGUCUGAACAGUUUAGCUGACAUGAACCUGAGGAGCAGUGGGGACGAUGCCGCUGAAAGCAAUGAUACGGAUUUUACGUUGAUGGCCACCGAGGACACGCAGCAGUCGCACAGAGGCACUGAGAGCACCCUCACACCUGCGACAGCUGUCUCCAGCAAGCCCAACAUAACACCGACACCGAGGGCAGAAUUGGCUGCGGGUCCCGGUGAAGACUGUAUGGAUGCCGGCAGUGUGUCUUCCUUGGGGGGAGGGAGCAUCAGUGGCGACACGCUCGGGAAUAUGGACAGAGGCCUCCUUUGGGCCUGGGUGAGCACUGGAGCCUGCGAUAUCGACAGCCAAUCACAACCGCUGUGGUUCAUCCAAUCCACAGGUUCCCUGCUAAGCGGACCUGUACGCGACCCCGCGUGGAGGAGGGACAUCGUGCAGCAGUUGACCAAUCGCUCGCUCAGAGAGAUAUCCAACUUUGAGGACUACCAGCCGGCCACAGACAAGAAAACGGUGUGGGUGAGGCGUGGCGUGCUGUCGUGGUGGCAAGACUGGUAUCCCCAGCGCUGGAUCGACCUGACGGUGCUGCUCGAGCAGCUGGAAGGCGCAGAGGAGCGACCCGAGGCCAUGCUGUUCCUGCACUACAUGGUCGGCACCACCAAGAAGUACCUGCACAUCUUCAUCAGCGAGAUCACGGCACUGGUGCCAGUGCUGGACACGAAUCGGCACACCUUUGCUGUGUACACGGCGGAGCGCACGGAAUCGCGUGCGCCCAUACGCUUGGCUGCUGCAACUGAGCAAGACAUGCACGACUGGCUGGCGGUGCUGAACACGGCGUGCUGCGAGGCGCGCGGCCUCUCCAGGAGCCCCUCUCAUCGCGCCGUGUGGUCCGUCACCUGCCGCGGCGACGUGUUUGUGAGCGAGUGCUCGUCCGAGGCUUCCUCCAGCCCAAGCUCUGCCCUCCAUAUGUUCUGGCGGCAGAUCGGUGGCCACCUGCGGCUGGUUGAGAGUGAUGGCAGUGGCGUGGUGUGGGGCCUCGGCUACGACCACACGGCUUGGGUGUACACGGGCGGGCACGGCGGAGGAUUCCUGCAGGGGAGCACGGAUGGCAUGCACCCCCAGACGGAUGUGAUACAGGUGUACAUCUACGAGAACCAGCGCUGGAACCCGCUGUCGGGCUACACUGCCCGCGGCUUGCCUACUGAUCGCUACAUGUGGAGUGACAUCACAGGGCUGCAGGAGCGUACAAAGACUCACACAAAGCCGCCUUCACCACAGUGGACCUGGGUGUCAGACUGGGCGGUGGAUUUCGGGGUACCCGGGGGCACGGACCGCGAGGGAUGGCAGUACGCCGCCGACUUCCCAGCGCGGUACCACGGAUACAAGACCAUCAAGGAUUUUGUGCGGAGGCGACGCUGGUCAAGGCGGUGCAGGUUGGUGACGAACGGCCCGUGGCUGGAGGUCCCUCCACUGUCACUGCGCCACCUCUCCCUGAAGGCCACCUCGCCACAAGCGCCCGCGGACUCUCCCGUCGCCCUCUGGGCCGUGAGCCGCAAGGGGGACGUGCUGUGCCGUCUGGGCGUCUCGCGCGUCAGUCCCGCCGGAAGCAGCUGGCUGCACGUGAGCACGGACCAACCGUUUGUCGCCGUGUCCGUGGGGAGUGGCGGCGACGGCGUUGUGUCAGUCUGGGCCCUGGCGCUGGACGGCUCUGCCUUCCUGCGAACCGGAGUGUCGGACGUCAACCCAGUCGGACAAACCUGGAUCCAUCUUGCUGCACCCACUAAACAGAAGCUGAAGCACAUUUCUGCCGGGCCAUCUACCGUGUUUGCAGUGGAUGAGCAAAAUCAGCUGUGGUUCCGAAGUGGCAUUGAAGCGCAGGCUCCGUGUGGAACAAACUGGGAGAUGGUGUCUCCCAACGUGCGAUUCGUGUCUGUGGGGCCACAGAACCAGGUGUGGGGGAUAGCAGAUGCUGUGCAGGGCAGUCAGAGCACGAGCCGGGGAGUCGUUUGCUGUCGGACCGGAGUGGGCCCUGCCUCGCCCACGGGACAGUCCUGGGACUACGGCAUUGGGGGAGGGUGGGACUACAUCACGGUGCGUGGGAACUGGACCCGACCGCAGCGGCAAGGUGUGGAGGGAAACUCUGCUGCUGGGAGUGAAACGCCUCGACCGUAGUGCACUAUUCCCUGUCGACCUGCUGCUUGCCUGCUACUUGCAACCCUUUCAUCUGGUUGAAAACGAAUUUCUUUAGAACAGUUUUUUUUAGUUUAGUUUAUUGUCCUCCCCCCAGCACCUCUGAUUAGCAGGGUUGGCUGCAUACGGUGCGAUAGGAGUUCGACAUGCACGCACACACACACACGUACCCUCCACGCUGGGAACCAGUGGCGCGCUCAGCCAAAAAUCUCAGAGGGGGAAAAAUUGAUUGCAUAUAAAUUACGUUUUCAUUGUAAUAAUAAAAGUAUCUCAAAUGAAA